GCCUACAUCUUCUCAGAAGACCUAGUCAAAAUAUUCUGCACCACCGUGGCAGAUAUCUUCACGUCUACCUUCCAAUAGAAACCGUUCUCUCCUCGUCUAUUCACUCGUUCACGCAUAUGGACUUCUGGCAACAUGCACUGGUCAAGAGACCCAACGAUCCCUGGUUGUGCGACCACGGCCUGCUGGCCAGAAGGAGUUUUUGGCUUACCAUACUCGUGACUAUCUCGAAGAUGUCAUGAUUCAAUCAAGCGAUGCGCAGAGCCUUCUAGAAGCUUCAGAGUUUGGGCUUGAAGAUGUGCGUAUACAAAACAGAUUGUGUCGUUUCGCUACCUGUCAAUGUAUCACUAUGUAGGACUGCCCCAUGUUUCAUGGAAUCAAAGACUACAUCACACUAGUCGCUGGAGCUACCUUGACCGCGUAAGCGGAGCGGCUGCGAUUAGAAACGAUAUCUCGGACAUAACAAUUUCCUGGGAUGGCGGAAGGUAAGUGCUCGCUUAGUUCAUGGCGAACUUUCCUUGGAAUCUCACACGGGCUUCAGCUUUUUGUAACGUAGCUGAUUGCGUUCUCGCCAUUCUUUUCCUCAAACGAACAAUACCUUCUACACAUCCGUUGAAGAAACCACGUGUGAUGUAUCCCGACCUCGACCUUCAUUUUUCAGAUGCAGCGUCACAAGCUUUUCACAAACCUGGUUCCACGGCUGCUGCUCAAGUUCUUGUGCGUGCAUCUCGAAUCAUUGACAAUAUAUGACCCAAAGAAUUCUUUUUAGACACUAUCU